AUGACUCUCUCCGGUGAAUUUGAGGCUCCACAACACCCUGCUUCGCUUCUAGAAGAGGAUGAGAUUGAUAUAGUGGGCGAGGACGAGCCUACCAGUGUGCGUAUUUAUAGAAACAAGUGCUCUACGGACCCUGGUUCCUCGGCUGAAUCUGGUGCUGAAUUUGACUCUUCCGAGCCAGAUUCCUCGGGGGAAAGCGAGAACAGUUUCUGUGCAGACGCCCCGCUGUCCAGGAAAGCCCAGAGCAGCUCUGUGAAGCCUCCUUACUCCUACAUCGCCCUCAUCACCAUGGCCAUCCUGCAGAGCCCGGUCAAGAAGCUGACGCUCAGUGGCAUCUGUGACUUCAUCAGCAACAAGUUCCCCUACUACAAAGACAAGUUCCCUGCAUGGCAGAACUCCAUCCGGCACAACCUGUCCCUCAACGACUGUUUCAUCAAGAUCCCGAGGGAGCCCGGAAAUCCGGGCAAAGGUAACUACUGGUCUCUGGACCCUGCAUCAGAGGACAUGUUCGACAACGGCAGCUUCCUUCGACGCAGGAAGCGCUUCAAGAGAAACCAGCCCGAGUUUGGCAAAGACGGACUUAUUUUUUACUCCAACUUGAACUGCUACCGGCCAUACGGGCAACCGUAUUGCGUACAUGGCCAGGUAAGCCCCCCACCCGCUGCUCCUAUCCGGUACAUGCCUCUGCAGGAGGGCAUUAUGAUGCCUCCCUCUUCCUAUCACAUUCUACCACAAACUUUGAACAGUCACGGGAACAGCAACGGGCCUAAAGACUUCAGAGUUCAGCUUUGCUCCACAGACCCUGCUGAGCCAAAGCCUCGCCUGCAGGCAAAAUGCUCGUUCAGUAUUGACAGCAUCAUGAGCAAGCCCUCUCCUUUCAGUGCACAGAACCUGAAUCCACCUCGCAGCUCUCUCGGGUACGGUCACCUGAUGUCUGGCCCUGCUGCCCGUUUAGUCCCCACGCUGAUGCAGGCUCCAUUCUGUCCUCCUGCCAUGCUGAACAAUGCUCCUUUGAGAAACGAGCACCUCAGACUCUCUUACCAUCACUGAAGCCUUCACAGUGUCUGUGUGUUCGAUGCUUUGUGAAGACAAGUUGGUGUAGAUUGUUUCUUAAAGAAAUGUUUUAAUUGCAUGAUAUUUAUGUGACAAAGUUAUGUCUUAAAUGAAAUAAUUGUUAAUAAGAUGGUUGGUAAUAUAUUUGUGAGACAUGCUGCA